AAAGAAAAAAAAAAUACUUGAUUCCAGUGAAACCAAAAACCCUUCAAUGUCUUAUCAUAUUCAAUCCUUAUAAUUGCUUAAUCUAAAUCAAUGCAAACAGUCAGAAGAGCGAUUGUAAUCGGCAACAGUUUUGCAGGUGCAGAAAAUCAGUGCAUCGGUUUGGUUCGAGCUCUUGGUCUCUCCCAAAACUACACUCUUUAUCGCGUUACUAGGCCCAGAGGAGGAAUCAAUGAGAGGUUCCACUGGUUGCCUGUUACUGUCCACAAAAGACUGGAGCAGGUUGUUAAAUGGAUUCGUGGAUUUUCACGAAUCCCAGGGAAAAAAGUGGCGCCGCUUCAAGAUGGAGAGAAAGAUAUUUUAGAAGCAGAUGCAAGACAAAUUGCAAAAGUUGCUCGAGAAACAUUUGAGAGGGACGGCCCCAUAUUGGUGGUAGCAUCUGGCCGUGACACCAUUCCUGUUUCAAGCUCUAUUAAACAGCUAGCCCCAGAAAAUGUCUUUGUUAUUCAGAUACAGCAUCCUCGGUCACGUCUACACAGAUUUGAUCUAGUUAUCACACCUCGUCAUGAUUAUUAUCCAUUGACGCCUGAGGCACAGAGACAGGUCCCUUGGUUUCUCAGAAGAUGGGUAACACCUCGCAAGCCUCCUGACAAGCACGUGGUCCUUACCGUGGGAGCCAUUCACCAGGCUGAUUCUAUUGCGUUGAGAAGUGCAGCUUCUUCUUGGCACAAUGAGUUGGUGCCGUUACAAAAACCGUUGCUGGUGGUCAGUGUUGGAGGGCCUACAAGUCGUUGCAAAUAUGGUGCGGACCUUACAAAUCAACUAGCAGCUUCCUUGCAGAAUGUUCUUCCGACUUGUGGGAGCCUCAGACUAUCAUUUUCUCGUCGAACACCCAAAACUGUUUCUGAUAUCCUCGUGGGUGAACUUGGCAAGCAUCCUAAAGUCUACAUCUGGAAUGGUGAAGAUCCAAAUCCACACAUGGGACAUCUGGCUUGGGGUGAUGCUUUUGUCAUCACAGCUGAUUCAGUGAGUAUGUUGAGUGAGGCCUGCAGCACAGGGAAGCCCGUUUAUGUAUUUGGGACUGAGCUGUGUACAUGGAAGUUUGCAGAUUUCCUCAAGUCCUUGCAGAAUAGAGGAGCAGUUCGACCCUUCACUGGUAAAGAAAAUAUUGCUGAAAGUUGGAAUUAUUCUCCACUAAAUGAUGCUAAGGAAGCAGCCGACGAAGUUGUGAAGGCCCUUGCAGAACGUAGGUGGAGAUUGCAGUGAUAACGUGCUUUCACAUAACACACGUUUGGUAUGCAGGACACCACACGAUAGGUCAAUACAAAGAAAAAUAUAUAACUUCUUUAGUCCGGUCGAGGAUACCAAGCAUGGCUUAGCGGAGCCAAAUGGAAUUUUGUUUCUUGAAAUACAUAUGUUGUACCUUAGGCUAACAAUAGAAAGCAUAAUUGAUAAAUUAUGGAAAUUGGGAAAUAAUAAUCUUGAUUUUCAAAUCAAGGUGAUUUGACCAUUGUUUGGAAAAUAAUUAGGGUUUUUUAGUUA